AUGCUGACGCCGCUGUUGCUAUCCUUACUGAUCAUGUCCUCCUCGCGAUCGAUCGGCCUACUCGAAUCCUCCUUGUUGAUAAAACCCAACCCCUCAUCCUUUGCUCCAUCGCCACUCAUCAAGCACCGCCAUCUCAACUUUUCCCAUCUGCCUAGCUGCAACAAUCCUAGUAUAACUAUUCUCCAUCUUAUUAUAAUGGCUGUUCGAUCCAUCCUUCGAUCUCGUCCUUACAGUGUCGUCGCAGGCCCGACCGCAGCUGCUCAACCUCAAACCACGGCCGACGAAGCUGAAGCCGCCCAGGCUCUCGCCCAACUCGAAGCAGCUAGAGCUACUCCCGUUAUUACGUUUGCCCCGUCACCCACCCGAGGCGAGCCUCCCUUCAACGAAGCUCCGCCACCUUAUGAAGAGCGGCCUAUGCAAGGGGCUGAGCUCCCUCCACAUAUGAGGCGCACCCCGCGUGCUGAUCGCCGUCGUCGUUGGCCGACGCCAGACCGCGCUCCCAGACGACCUCGUCGUCCAUCUCCCUAUCAUCGUUCCUCGCCUCCGUCCUCUCCGUUAGCCCAUCGCAGCUCGUCCCCUUCUGUCCAAUCUUCUCCUCCAUCUUCCCCUCCUAGCUUAGGUCCUGAAGGUCCUACCCCCAGCAAUGAGCAGUACAGUGCUGCCUUCUUUGCCCACAGCUUUGUCAACUUCUUGCAUGACCUUCGUACCAUCUUAGACCGUCUUCCACCAAGCCACCCUGACGCCCAGGCCCACAACCUCAUAAGGAUGGAUGCCACCCUCCUGGAGCACUGGUACCGCCACCGCGCGGAUCAAUUCGACUCGAUCUAA